CACGUCGCAGACCAAUUCGAAAGACGGUGUAGGCGCGUUCGGCGGAGCGAGCUUCAGUGUUGUUUCAGCCGCGGUUCUGUACGGUUGUUCGACCCACGAUACUGUGUUUCAACUACGUAACCGUCGUCGCCGUAAUAAUUACCGGUUAUUUUCGCCGUCUGGAACACAAUCGUUCACAUACACACCACGCGUAUAAACAAAAAGUCAUCAUUCGCAUUAAGCUAAAAUCGAUCGAAAACAGUGUCCAAGUUUUCUGUUUGUUUUGUGGAAUCGAUACGAAGAGGUUCACCAUGACAAUGGGCUAAACCGGUGAUAUUCAGUUCGAGCGUCGAGAACGUUACAUCCGGAUUUGGGUCAAUGGAAUAACGUGUUAAUGUGACGUAAUUAUUUUCACAUCGAUUGGAAUAUUCGUGAGGUGAAGAAUUUCCCCAUAAUCGUAAUUGAGAGAAUAUAACGGUGUUGGUAAUAUAAGUGAUCGCGGGUUUUUGUAAGAUGAGCCCAGCCUCCCAAGGCGGCGUGGAGGUGGAGCGAUACAUCGGUAGUUGUUUGAUAUCGUCGACCAUCAGACCAGGACCGCAUAAACCGAUCGUCGGUAGGAAACAGGAACCUGUGAUUCGCGGGAAAACGCGAGGCUGUUACGGAAAUCAAAAUUAUCCGAACGGAAGCGAACAAUGCCAGGUGCAAUAUGGGCCUGGUGGUUGGACGGGCGCUCCUUUGAUAUCGAUGACAUCCAGUCCACGCAGAUGUAAUCAAAGAUCAUCACCGUCGCUUGGACAACAACAACAACAACAACAACAGCCGUCAUCGUCGCAGCAACUACAACAGCAACCGCAGCAACAGCAACAGCAGGCUUGCGAGCAGCAAGUAUCAGCUCAUCUACACAAGAAUCCACUUUCUAGAUUAGCCAUUCACACGCAGGGAGCGCCGUUGAUUCUAGCCAAUCGGUUUCACAAUCGCGGCAAGAUACAUAACAACGGGAACGCUAAUGGCAUUCCUAAUACGAUUUGUAACAAUACAGGCGCGGUUAAUAGUUACGUUCACAACAAUACGAAUACCCUGACAUCGAGCUGUACGAUGAGCAACACGGUCAGGUGUCCACCAUCGCGGCCUCAAAGGCCGAUAGAACUUGCGAAGAAGCAACAAACGAAUAAUCAGAAAUCGUCGGACUGCACGACGGCCAAAGACACGACGGGAACAGGAAACAUUGCGAAUAUCGAUUCGUUGAGUAUCGCGAGCGAUGAGAGUUCGGGAUCGAAUAAUUCUGAGAACAAUUUGCCACGUAUCAUUAAGCCUCGAAAGCGCAGGAAGAAGGAUAGAAAACCGCCGAACAAUGCGGUCACUUCUGCGGAAGUAACGAAACACGAGGAGCAGCAGCAACAACAGUCGAAUUCGGGAGUAAUUGCCGAACAAUCGAGCGCAGCUUCUUUAAAGUCAUACGUGCCGACCUGUUACGAGCAACGUUACGAUAUCGCACCGCCUCCUCACCUUAGAAACCACAGAAGGCCACCCAUAGCGAGGGAAAGCAGCGUGUACGGUUGCAGAGUGCAAACAACUGGCGGUAUGUCGGCGCAAGAGAUAGACGCGAGGCAAAGGUAUCCACACCGGCACGUGGAAGUGAAAGUGUUGGACGACAACAGAAACGUCGUGCCUGCGCAAAUGCGUACCAUUCCGCCAAAGGGUUAUAGACAUAACGGUCAUCAUCAUCAUCAUCAUCAUCAUCAUAACCACGCCGUUGGUAGUAGCAAUGUUCCGCGCUAUCUGCACGAAUAUAAUAACGAUCUAACGGCGACGACAACGACGACGACGACGACGACGACAACGACGGCAACGGCAACGACGACAACGGGUUGCGAAGAGGGCAUCAACGAGGAAUUAGGGCCGUGUCAGUGCCGGUAUUGUGAUCCCUCGGCUCUCAUAUGGGACGUGGAUCAGAACUGUUACUCGCCCUUCUUGACCCCGUCACCGUCGACCGAGUUCUGUCCCGGCCACUUUUCUCAGAUGCCGCUAUUCCUGUCCCGGCCAAGUCUCGGCUGUCAGGAGCAAACUAUCGAGAGGCUUUUCAACGGUGAUAAUCCUCGAACCCAUCAAGAAAAGGACAGCACCGGUAGCACCGGUGUUGUGCUGAGGCGUAGCUGGAGCGACCCGACCAGUUAUUUCAGCGAAGAAAUCAGCACGCCUAGCAAAGAUGUUGGUGUGAUCGGUGAUAGGGGACAGGCAGAGAGUGGGAAACGUCGAACGCUAUGGCGCGGUGAAUCUAUCGGUAUACCUGUGAAUAACAUUGGACUGUCCGGUAUGGAUGUGAAUGGUAGCGUACAAUCGCCUAAAGAGCUCGAGGUCUCUACGGAAAUCAUCACGUCGCCGAACGGUCACAGAGAUUUGGAAAUCAAAUUUUACUCGCCUUCGCCGAAUGCACCGAUGGCCGAGGAAGAGAAGGGCAUGUUCGAGAAAGAAGUGGACGAGGACGAAGAAGAUUUCAGCGAUAUUUGGAGCUAUCACGAGUCGAAACUGCAACAGGAUUUCCGCACGUUACUGCAAGCGGAAGAAUGAACACGGAACGGAUUCUCUUUCAAUGUGUCUGCUGGUCCGACUUGUAUGGUGAAAAGAGAGAACAUUCACGCCUGUCCGUGCUUGAAUACUAUUCUUCGACAGAUUUGUGCGCGCGUUACGCGAGGGGAAGAAAGGCAGUGGCGUGAUGAAAAAAUACACGUCGACAUGAGAGAGUGAGCGAGUGAGAAGGGCGGAGAGAGAGGGAAAAUUGUAAGUGCGAGCGAAAGAAAGGUGGCUCUGGAGAUUCAAUUAGUUUGUCGAUAGAGGGAACAAAGUUGAAACGGACUUGCGUAGACGCGUGCGCGACCGCGUGAAUUGGUCGCGUUUACAAUUUAACGAUCCGUGUUCCAAAAAUCAUCGGUUCUUUUGCUUCGACGUAUCGAUGAAGUGUGUAACGUGCGUGUGAUUAAAUACGACGGGGCACACAACAGUCGUCCCCUUCUUCCAUGCCUCUUUCUUCUUCUCCCUUCUCCCCUUGUCCCUCACAACUUGUCUUCACGAUGACGCCCUCGUUGCUAGCACACCUCGGUGAUUAACAAGUGUAACUGACGGUAACGAGCAAAACUACGUGUCGAACGAUUCUUCUUCCUAACGGUGUACGUUGUAUACACGUAGUAUACGUGACGUGCGUGCACUCGUGAAGCACGCACGAGAGUAGGUCUGCAAGGAUUGUACCUUGACGUCGGGAAUACACGCGGUCUGCUUAUCGAUGACAACAUACUACUAAUAAACGGUGGUUGGUUCGCGUCGUGAAGCGAAUCGGCUUGAACGAUAA